UAUCGUUUAAACCAUUCAUAUCGGUUAAAUAAACAUGGAGCGGCGGCCGUUAAUGUCACCGGUCCUUUUUGUAGCAGUUAUAAUAGGAUUAGGGACACCGAUUACAGCAAACUAUACCACGGAGGAUUAUCCAAGGCAGUUCUCCGCCGGAUAUUCAGAAGUCAGCAUAGAAAACGGGUAUUAUGGGCGUCUGUACGUGAGCCAUUAUGAACAUGGCUACACCAGAUCAGAAGUAUGUUACAAUGAAUUCAACCGAUACGAGGGAGAGACGCUGUGUCAGAAUCACGGAUAUUCAUAUGGUUCAUAUAUUAGCGUAUCUCCAAGAAACAGCCACAACACAGUGAGCACAGAUUGUAGUUCAUACAGAUACGACUUAUAUAGACAUUGUGACAUUCGAAGACUUGGCUACUGUGCACAUGUUGUUUACCUACAAUGCUAUGAGUCAUCUACAGUGCCGUACGGUUGGUGGACACGAGAAACCACAGAAGGAACAACUCAACAACAGUUCACUGUUGGAUAUUCUGAUGUUACCUUAGAGUACGGGACUUACGGGCGUGUUUACAUUCGACAUUAUCAAUAUGGCUACAAUAGAUACGAAGUAUGUUCAGAUGGUUUCUCAAGUACUGAUGGAGAGGCGUUAUGCCGAUCAAAGGGAUUCUCCUAUAGUUCAUUUUCAACAACUUCUCCAAAAAACCAUUACUACACAGUGGCCACAAAUUGCUAUUAUAACAACAUUUACAAUUGUAACAUCCGGACACAAGGCUACUGUUCACGAGCAGUAUACCUCCAUUGCUCUGGUUCAACGACACUUUGGACAACAUGGAAAACAUCACCACCUACAUCAGCAUAUACGAGCCUGUUCACCGUUUCUAGAUACGCUGAUGUGAGCUUGGAGUACGGGACUCACGGGCGUGUUUACAUUCGACAUUAUCAAUACGGAUACAACACAUACGAAGUAUGCUCUAAUGGUUUCUCAAAUACUGACGGAGAGGCGAUUUGUCGAUCAAGGGGAUUGUCAUAUAGUUCAUAUACAACUACUUCACCAAGCAACAAUUUCACCACAGCGGCCACCAAUUGCAAUUCAUACAACAUUUAUUUCUGUAACAUCCGGACUCAAAGCUACUGUUCACGGGCAGUAUACCUUUAUUGUUUUGUUGAAGCAAACACAACAACAACAACACCAACACCAACACCAACAACAACUCAGAGUCGGUUCACCGUUGCAUGGACAACAUCACCUUCUACAUCAGCAUAUACGAGCCUGUUCACCGUUUCUAGAUACGCUGAUGUGAGCUUGGAGUACGGGACUCAUGGGCGUGUUUACAUUCGACAUUAUCAAUACGGAUACAAUACAUACGAAAUAUGCUCUAAUGGUUUCUCAAAUACUGACGGAGAGGCGAUCUGUCGAUCAAGGGGAAUGUCAUAUAGUUCAUAUACAACUACUUCACCAAGCAACAAUUUCACCACAGCGGCCACCAAUUGCAAUUCAUACAACAUUUAUUUCUGUAGCAUCCGGACUCAAAGCUACUGUUCACGGGCAGUAUACAUUUAUUGUUUUGUUGAAGCAAACACAACAACAACAACACCAACAACAACUCAGAGUCGGUUCACCGUUGGAUAUUCUGAUGUAACCAUAGAGUAUGGGACUUACGGGCGUGUUUACAUUGGACAUUAUCAAAAUGGCUACAAAAAUUACGAAGUAUGCUCAAAUGGGUUCUCUAGUACUGACGGAGUGGCAAUUUGUCAAUCAAGGGGAUUGUCAUACAGUUCAUAUUCAAAUCAUUCACCAAUGAACCAUUACACCACAGUGAACACCAAUUGCUAUUCAUACGAUAUUUAUAGUUGUGCUAUCCGGACACAAAGUUACUGUUCUGACGUUGUAUACAUCUAUUGUCAGGGAUCAUCUACAGCCUUGCCGUGGUGGGCUCAAACAGCAACGGCGGAUGCUUAUGAAACAUCAACUUAUAUGACCACAACAACUAAUACUACAAGAGUACGGCUUGUCGGAAGUGAAUAUCCCGAUAGAGGCACUAUCGAAGUUUUACAUAACGGACGAUGGGGAACUAUUUGUGAUGAUGGUUUUGGUAAAGUAGACGCUGACGUUAUUUGUAGGAUGUUGGGAUAUUAUUCGGCAAGGUCAUUUUUCAACAAUGCUCAUUUUGGUCCCGGAAACUGGACGAUAUGGUUGGAUGAUUUGGGUUGCCAAGGUUAUGAAAGUGACAUAUCGCAGUGUGCAUCAGGUGGAUGGGGAAUACACAAUUGUGUUCAUAGUGAAGAUGCGGGAGUACAAUGCAAUUCUAUGUUGAUGAGCACAUCUUCGUAUGGAACUACAGCAGUACGCCUUGUCGGAAGUGAAUACCCAGAUAGAGGCACUAUCGAAGUGUUACACAACGGACGAUGGGGAACUAUUUGUGAUGAUGGUUUUGAUAAAAUAGACGGUGAUGUCAUUUGUAGGAUGCUGGGAUAUAACUCUUCACGGAAUUAUUUUUCGAAUGCACACUUUGGUUCUGGUAUUGGGCCGAUUUGGCUAGGCAAUGUCCAAUGCAGUGGCAGUGAAACUGAUAUAGCACAAUGUGGAUCAAACGGGGGAUGGGGAAUCGGUUACUGUAGUCAUGGAGAGGACGCAGGUGUCCAUUGUGGAUAUACAAACGUGAGAUUAGUUGGAAGUGGAUAUUCCGAUAGAGGCACUGUUGAAGUUUACCUUAAUGGACAAUGGGGAACAAUAUGUGACGAUCGGUUCAAUAAAGCAGACGGUGACGUCAUUUGUAGGAUGCUUGGAUUCAACUCCUCUACUAAUAUUUUUGGGAGUGCCCAUUAUGGAACGGGGAGUGGGCCAAUAUUGUAUCAAGUUAAUUGUAAUGGCUACGAAACUGACAUAGCAGAAUGUGGAUUGAGCGACUGGGGCACUACUGGUUGUGGUCACUACGAGGACGUGGGAGUACAUUGUGGUGAUGGUGAUGAAUACGAAACAACAAGCAUGAGCUAUGGCACCUGUUAUAGUCGCGUUUGUUAUAAUGGCGGUACCUGCAUUGCGUACAAUAAUGGAUAUCCCGGGUACUAUUGUAAUUGUCCGAGCGGAUUUACAGGGAUGCAUUGUCAAGAUUACGCUACAACCUAUGACGCAUGCUAUCCAAAUCCAUGUCAAAACGGUGCAACGUGCUCCAGGGACUAUUAUUACUCGAGAAAUUACUAUUGUUCAUGUCCAAGAGGAUACUCGGGCCAAAACUGCGAAUAUUAUGUUGGUUAUUAUGAAACAACAUCAUAUGAUCCCUGUUAUUCCCACAAUCCCUGUAAUAAUGGCGGUACGUGCUAUCAUAACUAUGGAUACCCAGGAUACUAUUGCACGUGCCCUAGUGGAUAUUCUGGACGUAAUUGCGACAGCUAUAAUGGUUUAUCGAUAGAGAGCGCUAUAACCGUCGGUUGCAACGAAAACAACUGGGAUGUAGCCGUGUAUCUUCCUCCCCUGUACAGCAGAUACUCGGAUUUUAACCCUGGUGACCUUUAUCUGGGUCAAGACAGCUGUACCGGAUACGUGGACGGAAAUUAUCUUCGCUUCCGGUCUGAUUACACUACUUGUAGCACGGAAACUAGAACUUCCAGGGAUAAUAUUGCUCACACCAACGAAAUCAUUUAUGCUGUUCAUGACCCCAGUCAUCACUUCAUCGUUCGUGAAUAUCGGUUUAGAGUGCCAGUUGAUUGUUUUCUACCCCGAAACGAGGAAAGCUCCAACCAUUACAAUCACGGCCAUGUCACUAUUCCUCAAGCACAUCACGUGACCGGCUCAGCACACCACACGGUUUAUCUACGAUUUUACACAGAUUCUGCCUUCCAACAUCCCAAAUCUCUGUAUGGGUCCAAAGUUGGUGAUACUGUGUAUGUUAAAGCGUUUACCGAUGUCAGAGACUACAAUCAGAAAAUGAGGCUGUCAGACUGUUACACCACGCCCACAUCAUCUUCAUACUCCAGUUUAAAAUAUUUCAUUAUACAAAAUGGAUGUGUUAUCGAUCCAAAUGCAGGGAUUUUGUCACAAAAUACGCACGAAACUCGCUUCUUUUUCCAAGAUUUCGAAUACUCAACCAAUCAAAAUUCAUUAUAUCUUCACUGCAAUGCUACCUUUUGUAAAUCAAACGACUACAGCGCCGCUUGUGAGCAAACUUGUCAUCACAAGCGAUUAGGAGGGGGUAACGUCGUAUUCGAUGGCCCAGUGGAGAGCUUUGAUGUCAAUGACGCUGUCAGAUUGACAAGUGCUGACACAGGUAGUAAAGGAAAUAGAAUAUACUCCGGAAAUUCCACAAUAUUCGUUGUUAUCUCCCUUGUCUUUGGAGGCGUAAUUCUUGCAAUGACUAUAACCAUCGUCGUAGGAAAGUUGAAGAAGAGAAUGAGCCAUAAAGGAUCAGAAGUUGUAAAAGAUAUUUAAUUGUUUAGUAACGAUAAAAACAACAUGUAUAUGUCUUCAAUGAAUGUUUUAUAUAAUUCUAUAUAAUUUCAAAAUUUUUCUUUAUACAAAUCAGUUUGAUGUUCAAAAUGACUUGCACACCAUUUCUAUAGUUCAAAUACAUGUAAAUAUUCUAAAAAAAAAUAUGUUAUCAUGUUAAUCGCAGUUUUCAAUUGUUAAUACAUGUAGUUUUGAAUUAUCAUAAUUGAGAGAUCUUAACGAUCUUUUUCUUGUGUUGUCCAAUGUUAACUUGAGUGAAUGGAACGAACAACCUAAAUCUAGACAGAGUUUGUGAAAACUCGUUUCAGUUUUAUGGUGAUUUGUGAAUUUUGUGCAAGCUUUGACCAAGAGUGUUAAUAAAUGUCGAUUCUUUAUCAUAUUAAAUCAUAAAGAUGCU